AUGAAAAUAGCUCUGAAAUUCAAUAUAUUUGGAAUAAAGUAUCCAUUAUCAGCCGAAGAGGUUGUACUUGGGUGCUUCCUUGCCGUACCGUCUGAAAGUAGUCCUGUUAGUCUCUCGCGCUCUAAAAGAUCCCACCAUGAACCCGAAGGGUACUGGAGUAAAAAGCUGACUUGGAAAACAGAGUGGGUGAAAGUCUGGAAGCACGAGAAGAAGCUAUUCUGGAAAGCCGACUGGAAAAAGAUCCAGGUGCCCAUUUGGAAGGAAAUCCAGGUUCCGAUCUGGAAAGAAAUCCAAGUGCCAGACUGGAAGGUCAUAACGAAACCCAUCUGGAAAGAAGUCCAAGUACCAGCAUGGAAAGAAAUCCAAGUUCCCGACUGGAAGGAGGUACAAGUUCCUGCAUGGAAAGAAAUUCAGGUGCCAGACUGGAAAGAAAUCCAAGUACCGGACUGGAAGGAGAUCCAGGUUCCGGCUUGGAAGCAAAUCUGGAAGCCAGUAUGGACUGAGAUUCAAGUACCUGCGUGGAAGGAGAUCCAGAUUCCAGAAUGGAAGAAGAACUUCGUACCUGAAUGGGUGAAGGAAGGAAUACAUGGAGAGCACUACUUGGGAAAAGAUGAUCACGGCAACGAAUACACCGCACACGAUUUAUGGAAGAAGAAACUGAUCUGGAAACCUGUCUGGAAGAAAGUAUGGCGCACGGAGAAGAAGCAAGUUUGGGUGCCCCAGAAGAAGAUGGAAUGGAAAGCAGAGUGGAAGCAAAUCUGGAAGACCGAGAAGAAGCAGGUCUGGAGAACCGAGAAGAAGCAAAUCUGGAGGACAGAAAAGAAGCAAAUUUGGAUUCCGAAGAAAGAGCAGAUCUGGAGAACGGAGAAGAAGCAAAUCUGGAUCCCGAAGAAGGAACUAGUCUGGAAGCAAGAGAAGGUCCAGAUUUGGAGGACAGAGAAAGUGGAGAAGUGGGUGACAGAGAAGAAGCAAAUCUGGAAAGACGAGUGGAAGCAAAUAUGGGUGCCAGAAUGGAAGACGAGAGAAGUGCCAGCUUGGAAGAAAAUCUCUAAGCCCGUUUGGGAAAAAGUUUGGGUGAAAGUGCAUCACCAUCAUGGAGGCUGGGACUGAGAAAAUAAUUGUCACUCAUGAAAAAUUGUUUCUGUAAAUAUUUCUUUCGCUCUCUCAACCUAGUACAAACACUGUAUAUACAUGACAGGUUCGCCAGUGAGUUUUUUCUCGUUAGAAUUAAG